AUGGCCGAACCCAACAAUACACCCUGGCCCCCAGCAACACCACAAUCUCAAUCCCCUCUCUCCGCGUCGCCUGUCCUCCGCCCCCAUCCUGGCGGUCAAGUAGAACCCAAAACGGCAGCAUCGCAAGCAUCAGCAGCAACGAAAAACGGCACGCAUAAGCUCCGCGUCCUACACAUCGGCGACCCGAUCAAGUACAACCCGGAAACCUACGCCGCCUUUUCCGCGCAAUGCGACAUCAUCCGCCCCUCGACGCCCGAACGACAGCGCCCCGCAUUCGCUGCCGCAUUACGGGACGGCAAGUGGGGCGAGUUUUCCGCCGUCUUCCGGCCUUUCUGGGGCACGGGCGGCGAGAUGGGUACGUGGGACGCCGAGCUGAUUCCGCUGCUGCCGGCGAGCUGUCGGGUUUUUGCGAGUGCGGGUGCCGGGUUCGAUUGGGCUGACACGCAACUUCUCGGUGAACGAGGCAUCAUCUAUUGCAACUCAGGCCUCGCCGCCGCCGAAGCAGUAGCAGACUUUGCCGUCGCUCUUGUCGUCUCGACCUUCCGCCAUCUCCCCUGGUGCACGGCAUCCGCCGCAGACCCGUCCGCCUUCCAAGACUGCCACGCUCGCGCCACGGCCGCCUCGCACACCCUUCGCGGCCACGUCCUCGGCCUCGUGGGCAUGGGUAACAUCGGCCAGCAGAUCGCGCAGCGUCUCGGCGUCGGUUUUGGUAUGAAAGUACACUACUUUGACGUCGUCCGCAAAGACCCAGUCACCGUGGAAGCCAAGUUUGGCGCGACGUUUCACGAGACGAUGGAGAGCUUGCUGCGCGUCUCGGAUUGUGUUGUGCUAUGCACACCUGCUGGUGGUAAGGUUAUCACUGCUGAGUCAUUGGCUUGGAUCAAGCCUGGGUCGAGGUUUGUGAAUAUCGCAAGGGGUAGCUUGGUUGACGAGGAGGCUUUGGCGGAUGCGUUGGAGUCUGGGCAGAUUGGAUCUGUUGCGUUGGAUGUGCAUGCUGAUGAGCCGAGGCCGCAUCCGCGGUUGCUCAAGAUGGCGGGGACGAAGGCCAUGUUGACAUGUCACAAUGCUGGAGGGACGGUUGAGACGCACAAGGGGUUCGAGGAGUUGAGUAUGAGGAAUAUCAUGGCGGUGUUGGGGGGAGGGCAGCCGAUUACGCCUGUCAAUCUGCAUUAUCUGAAGCAGUGA